CCAGAUUACCUUGAUUCUGAAUUAUCCAGGAGCUCGGGGCUCUCUGACGCUCAGUUUUGAAGAAAACACAGAAAAUAUGAAAUCAGAUGGUUUUUGAAGGAAUACAGAAAAUCUGCCCAAACAGCCUCUACAUCAGCCAGAGACCACCAGUCAGGAGAAAAACACCCAAAAAAUGAUUGACAGGGCAUUGUGGGACUCUGUCGUCAUGGCGAUGGUCUCUUUAGCCUGGCUCCUCCCAGCCAUCGCUGCGGCCACGCCCUUCCCCAUCGACCUGCAGCCAAUCAGUGUGGAGCAUCUGGAGGAUUCCCAGCAGUAUCCCAGUUUUCAGGGACUGGUGUUUAAUAAUGACUCGGAGCGUCUGGGUCUGGACUAUCAGCGCAUGAUCCGGAUUCAGCACAUGCUGUACAUCGCUGCCAGAGACCAUAUAUAUGUUGUCAAUCUCACUACUGCAGUCCAUAAGAUCAUCCCACAGCAGAUCCUGACGUGGAGAUCUUCAAACUUGGAGAUGUGUGCCAUACGAGCAAGAAACAGCGAUGAAUGCUAUAACUACAUCAAGGUUCUUGUGCGGCGUGACAACGAGACUCUGUUUGUGUGUGGAACGAACGCUCUGAAGCCGGUCUGCAGGAACUACAGACUGAGUUCGCUGGAGCAGGUCGGUCAGGAGCGGUGGGGUCAGGGCCUGUGUCCCUUCCAGUCUGGUCACUCCAGCGUAGGACUGUUUGCAGGUGGUCAUUUCUAUUCGGCCACAGUGGCGGACUUCCAGGGGAGUGACGCUUUGAUCUACAGGAGUUUGGGAACAGACGAGCUUCCCCUCCUGCGCACCGUCAGACACGACCCCAAAUGGCUCAGAGAGCCUGAGUUCGUGCAUGCUGUGGAGUACGGCCAGUACGUGUAUGUGUUCUUCAGUGAGACGGCGGUGGAGCACACCGGCGCUGGGAGGGUGGUGUACUCCCGUGUGGCACGUGUGUGUAAGAACGACGAGGGCGGCUCCAGAAGGCUGUUGCAUGGUCAGUGGACGUCGUUUGUGAAGGCACGUCUGGACUGCUCUGUUCCUGGAGACACGUUCUUCUACUUGGACGUGCUGCAGUCUCUCACCAGUGUGCUGCAGAUCAACCAGCGGCCCGCUGUGCUCGGGGUCUUCACCACACAGAACAACAGCAUUCCCGGCUCAGCGGUGUGCGGGUUUUAUUUGGAUGACAUCGAUCAAGUGUUUAAGGGGAAGUUUAAGGAGCAGAAGAAGAGUGAUGCAGUGUGGACAACGGUGCCUGAGGAACACGUGCCCAAACCACGUCCAGGUUCAUGUGCACCUGAAGGUUCAGCCUAUUUCCAUCAUCCAGACUUUGUGCUUUCAUUCAUUGAGAAACAUCCACUGAUGGACGAGACUGUGUCAUCAAUCAAUAGCCAACCGCUGAUCACCAGCAGGUAUAAGCUGACUCAGAUAGUGGUGGAUACAGCGGCUGGUCCUCAUCAGAACAGCAGUGUUGUGUUUCUGGGCUCUGAAGACGGCCGUGUGCUGAAGAUCCUGAUCAGCUUGAGAGAGAACAGCUCCAGACUGCUGGAGGACAUCAGCGUGUUCAACCACACACAGUGUCCCGGAGAGCGGAGGGUGUUGGGUCUGGAGCUGGAUCAGGAGCGUCACGCUCUGUUUGUGGCGUUCUCCAGCUGCAUCAUCAGAGUUCCUCUGAGCCGCUGUGCUCGACACUCCAGCUGCAGGAGCUCCAGUCUGGAUCCAGAACACCUGAGAAGAGAUGAUGCUGACCCUCAGAGGACCUCAGAUGAUGCUGACCCUGAAUCAACAACAGAACUAACUAAUAUUGCCAAAUGUGUGACUGAAUCAUAUAUUAAUUAUUAAUAAUAUUAAUAAUGUUCAUCAUCUGGCUGACUAUGACUUGUAUAAUUUUUCUACAAAUCCUGUCAUACCUGCACAAACUGACAGUCACCACUUAGAAGUUAUUACUAAAUAUUGUAGAAACAUAAUUUUCUGUGAAGUUGCUUUGUAACGAUUUGUAUUGUAAAAAGCGCUAUACAAAUAAACUUGAAUUGAUCAUAACUUUAUUAAUUCAACUAUAAAAA